AUUAUCUCCCACCAGCGCAAUAACGCUGCCACCAACUCAGUGAACCCAACUAAGAUGAAGACCAUUCUAGUCAUCGGCGGCACCGGUGCCCAAGGCAUCCCAGUCGUCAAAGCCCUAGCCACCAACCCAGAAUACACCAUCAAAAUCAUCACCCGCGACACCACCUCCCCCUCAGCGCAGUACCUCACGACCCUCCCCUCCGUAACCCUCAUCCCCGGCACCCCGUACUCCGAACCCACCCUCCACUCUGCCCUCAGCAACACGGACAUCGUCUUCGCAAACACCAACGGCUUCGCACUGGGCGAAAAAGCCGAGAUAUACUGGGGCAUCCGACUAUACGAACUAUGCCGGCAACACGCCAUCUCCCACUUCAUCUACGCGGGGCUGGAAUACGGGUCCAAACUGGGCAACUUCCUCCCGAAAUACCGAUGCGGACAUCUAGACGGAAAGGGGAAGGUGGUGCAGUUUCUCUCGGCGCAGCCGACCGAGCCGAUGAAGUGGUCUGUGAUCACGUCGUGCAUGUACAUGGAGGCGCUGUGGGAGUUUCUGCGCCCGUAUCCGGAUCCAGAUGCAGACGAGCCCGGGAGGUUGGUAUUCGCUGCGCCGCUGGGCGAGGCGCGGUGUCCGCUGAUUUGCCUCGAGGAUUAUGGGCGAUAUGUCCGGUGGAUGGUGGAGAAUGCGGAGCAAAGCAAUGGGUUGGAACUGCACGUGGCAACAGAGGAUGUCAGUUGGGAGGAACUCGCGGCCACAUUCAGCGAAGUGACCGGCAAGCGGGCGGUGUAUAAAGACGUCACUCUGGACGAGUAUUUCAGCAGCGGGAUCUUCCCGGAUCCCGAGGCGAAGAUUGGAGGGAAGGAGGCCGGGAGGGAUGAUGCGACGUUGAUGAGCUAUCGGGACAAUUUCUCGGGGUUUUGGAAUACCUGGAAGGAUCAACUGACGCAGAGGGAUUAUUUGAUCAUGGAUCGGGUUCUCCCGGAUAGGGUGAGGAGUGUGAGGGAGUGGAUGGGGUUGGUGGGGUAUGAUGGGGGUAUAGGGGGGUGUUGA